AUGGGUUUCCGUUUUUUAGAUAUUGUUAAACCAUUCUGUCACUUUGUACCAGAAGUUGGUCAACCAGAUAGAAAGAUUCCAUUCCGUGAAAAGAUUUUAUGGACAGCAGUAUGUUUAUUUAUCUUUUUGGUAUGUAGUCAAGUACCACUUUAUGGUAUUAGAUCGACCGAUUCUUCAGAUCCAUUCUAUUGGAUGAAGGUCAUUAUGGCCUCCAACAGAGGUACUCUUAUGGAACUUGGUAUUGGACCAAUCGUUACCUCUGGUAUGGUUAUGCAAUUAUUGGCUGGUGCCAAGCUCAUUGAAAUCGAUCAAUCUGUUAAAGAAGAUCGUGAUCUCUUUGGUGCUGCUCAAAAGUUAUUUGGAGUACUUAUUUGUAUUGGACAAGCAACUGCUUACAUUUGGUCAGGAACCUAUGGAGAUCCAGCCUCACUUGGAUUUGGAGGAGCCUUUUUAAUUGUUUUACAAUUAUUCUUUGCCGGCAUUAUUGUAAUGUUGUUGGACGAGUUGUUACAAAAGGGUUACGGUAUUGGCAGUGGUAUCUCAUUGUUUAUUGCCACCAACAUUUGCGAAAAUAUCAUUUGGAAGACAUUCUCACCGACCACAGUCAACACUGGCCGUGGCACCGAGUUUGAAGGCGCCGUCAUUGCCUUGUUCCACUUGCUCGUCACCCGUACCGACAAGGUCCGUGCCCUCAAGGAAGCCUUUUAUAGACAAAACCUCCCCAACAUUACCAACCUUUUGGCCACCGUCUUUAUCUUUAUGGUUGUCAUCUACUUCCAAGGUUUCCGUGUCGACCUCCCAGUCAAGAGCACUCGUAUCAAGGGCCAACAAGGAAGCUACCCAAUCAAGCUUUUCUACACCUCCAACAUCCCAAUCAUUUUGCAAUCUGCCCUCGUAUCCAACCUCUACUUCCUCUCGCAAUUGCUCUACCGUCGUUUCCCAGAAAACAUCAUCAUCAACUUGCUCGGCUCGUGGAGAAUCUCUGAAUAUGGUGGUCACAUGAUCCCAGUCGGCGGUAUCACCUACUACAUCUCGCCACCACCCAACAUGGCCUCCAUCCUCUCGGAUCCAUUCCACGCCCUCAUCUACAUUGCCUUUAUGUUGACCUCGUGUGCCCUCUUCUCCAAGGUCUGGAUCGAAGUCUCUGGUUCGUCGGCCCGUGACGUUGCCAAGCAAUUGCGUGACCAACAAAUGACCAUGAAGGGUCAUCGUGAUUCCUCCCUCGUCAAGGAACUCAACCGUUACAUCCCAACCGCCGCUGCCUUUGGUGGUCUUUGCAUUGGUGCUCUCACCGUUAUUGCCGAUUUCAUGGGUGCUAUCGGUUCUGGUACCGGUAUUCUCUUGGCCGUAACCAUCAUCUAUCAAUACUUUGAAACUUUCGUAAAGGAACAACAAGAAUUUGGUGGAUUAUCUGGUUUAUUCUAA